AUGCUGGGUCUCAGGUUGUUCUCAACGUCGUGUAAACGAUUAUCGACCGCUGUAUCUGACGAGGAGUUGUCCGCAUUGUUGUCAAAAUGGCCCUCAUCAUCAGACCCAUCCCCAUACGAAGUUCUUGCUCUUUCUAGAACGGCUCCAGUGGACGCGAAGUCGCUCAAAGCGCAUUUCCAUAAGUUUGCUAAGCUGUAUCAUCCGGAUUCAAGUGCGCACGAAAUGUUUGUGGCGCUGGACGCCAAAACUCGCGACGAAAGGUUUAAGAAGGCACUUGCCGCGUACCACCUGUUAAGGGAUCCAAAGCGGAGAACAUUGUACGAUAACCAUAGAACGGGUUGGGACCAUGGAUCUUCAAUGGUUCGUUCUAAGCCAGCUCAUUCGUAUCGGCCGAGGUCGCAUUCCUCGUUUGAUGCUGGUGGGUUCAGAGACUAUCGCUACGAUUUCGCAGGUAAUUGGGAAGAUUACCAGAACCUGCGGAACCAGCCCGGUGCAAAAGAGCAAUUUGAGAAAAACAGGCGACCAAUUUUGUUUGGGGUAGUGGCUUUCACUCUGGUUUAUGGUGCAUUACAGGUUACCCACAUACUCUAUUCGUACCCAUACUCGCACGAUCUGCUUCUUUCGGGUAAAUUGAAUGAUCGCAGUGAACACGAUUUACUCGAGGCUCAUAACAACUACGGAUUUGGCCUGGACAAACUGGCGCGGAUAAACCGCUUUUUGUGGUUCAGACACCUGUCUACGAUCUUGAUAGGUGCGGCGCCAGAGGAUAUGAGCCCUGCCCCUAGAUAUGGCGACGGCAAACUUGGCGAGAAAUAA